AUGCACCGGUACUCGCCACACGCUGCCGCUUCCACCGCUCGCUACGAGUCAACCGCUUCCUCCUCUGCUCUCUCCUCCUCUUCCUCGUCGGAGGAUGAGAAGUAUGGCUUUCGCCAGACACUGCUCGACAAGCCCGGUGACACUGUGAUUCGACGACGGAGGCAGGAAUGGGUCAAGAAGAGCGGGGAAAAGGGGCACCAUCGCAAGCAGGACGGAGGAGACGGGGACGACGACGACGACGGCAAACAAUUCCACCUCAGCAAACACACGAAACGAAUCAUCAUCUUCUCAGUCCUUGCGGUGGUCAUCCUCGCCGGCGCUUUUAUCGCCUGGAAAUGGGGCAAGAGCAUCUGGGACCACGCCGUCGACUUUGUCACCUUUCCCACAGUCACUACGCCGCUUGACCUGACUUCGGCGUUCAUGAGCGUCGUAGGCGACGUGACGUCUCACGUUGUUGGCGCUUUCAGCACGGCAACAGCCGCCGUCGCCGGCGCCGAACACACCGCAACAUCCGCCGUUGCCGGCGCAGCAGAAACAGCAACUCAUGCCGUCGCGGGUGCGGCUCAGACUGCAGUUGGCGCAAUCACCAAGGGCAUCGGUGGGAUCUUCGGACAUCUAGCGUAG